GAGAUAACGGGCUGAAGCGUAACAGCAAGGUCAGGAUUUAACCCUGACGAUUUUCCCCCUAAUACGCACGGGGAAGCGGAAGUAAACGGAUCAUGCUGACUAACGCAAGUGAUCAUUUUCCUCAGGAAACGAAGAAUGCAUGUGUUGAGUCGAAUAACAUCGGUUUGAUGAAGUAUUUUUUGGUGGUUGCUGCUUUAGAAGCUCUAUUUCUAUGGUUAGGAGGGCCGCUGCAUGAUAGCAGCUUUAUACUGCCUUAGGCAGCAUAAUAGUGCAAGCCUGCCUCCGAUCGCAGCGCCACCUGUAUUUUACAUCUUGUGUUUGGGAAAUCGUGGCCGGCGUUCGUGUCUGGGGUAGAUAAAUAUUAAGAUUGUUGUUGCUCGCAUUAAUUCGCGGAGGAACUGUAACUCGCAAGAUGUUCCGUUGUGUUGAGGCGCUGCACAGAUCUCCUCAUGCUGCAUCAAACAUCCUUACUGGUCUUAGGCAUGCAGCUAAAAAUGGAUCCAGAACAGGACGACGCUAUUACAAACAGGAGCCGUACAAGCCGAUAACGAUGAACGAUCUGCCGGUGCCGCGCGGAUCCUGGCAGCAGCACUAUGCCAACAAGCAGAAAAACUACAACCUCACCCUGGCCGGUGGUCUGGCCUUCUUCGGCGUGACGGCGUUUGUGGCAUAUGAGAGCGGCCUCAUUGUGCUCAACACCACACCAGACCUGAAGAAGAUGAACCUGCGCACCGGCGUACCUGAGUCUGACGGCUCUGCCCCGGCCCCGACUGAGGAGGCCCCCGCACCUUCCCCUGCUCCUGCCAAGGAGACCCCGGCCCCUACCCCGGCCCCUACCCCUGCCGCGGCGCCGGCUGGAGAGACGCCCGCCUCGGCCGAGGAGGCUGCGCCACUGCCUGAAGUGCCCGCCCAUGUGCCCUACCUGCUGGUGGGCGGUGGCACUGCAUCGUUCGCUGCUUUCCGGGCCAUCAAAGCCAAAGACGCCAAAGCUAAGGUUCUUGUGGUCACUGAGGAGAACUACAACCCGUACAUGAGGCCGCCUCUCUCCAAAGAACUCUGGUUCUCUGAGGACGCCGACACACCCAAGACGCUUAAGUUCAAACAGUGGAACGGCAAGGACAGGAGCAUCUUCUUCGAGCCGUCUGAGUUCUACUGCAGUCCUGCCGACCUCGCUAUCCGAGAGAACGGUGGCGUGGCCGUCAUGGCCGGCAGGCGCGUGGUCAAGCUGGACGUGACCAAGCGACGCGCCUACCUGGACGAUGGCACAGAGAUCACCUACGACAAGUGUCUGCUGGCAACAGGCGGCCAGCCGCGCUCAAUGCCCGCGCUGGAGCCGGUCAAGGACAAGGUGACGCUAUUCCGUACCAUUGACGACUACCGCCGGCUGGACGAGGUUGUCAACAACGCCAAGUCGCUGGUCAUCAUCGGAGGUGGUUUCCUGGGCAGCGAACUGGCCUGCGCGCUCGGCAGGAAAGGCAAGCAGACUGGCAUGAGCGUCACCCAGUCGUUCCCGGAGCCGGGUAACAUGGGCCGCGUGCUGCCGGAGUACCUGAGUAACUGGACCACGCGGAAGGUGGCGGCAGAGGGCGUCCAGGUGCUGACCGGUACCUCGGUACAGAGCGCCGAGCGGGACGGAGACCAGGUGGUGCUCACGCUCAACGACGGAAAGAAGCUGUCCGCCGACCACGUGGUGGUGUCGGUGGGUCUGGAGCCGCGCACGGAACUGGCGGCUACCUCCGGCCUGGAAGUGGACGACAAACACGGCGGGUACCGGGUCAACGCCGAGCUCGAGGCCCGCUCCAACCUCUGGGUGGCGGGCGACGCGGCGUGCUUCUUUGACGUUCAGCUGGGUCGGCGGCGGGUGGAGCACCACGACCAUGCUGUGGUAUCCGGACGGCUGGCCGGCGAGAACAUGACCGGAGCAGGGAAGCCGUACUGGCACCAGUCCAUGUUCUGGUCGGAUCUCGGCCCUGACGUAGGUUACGAGGCGAUCGGUAUCGUCGACGCGACGCUGCCGACGGUGGGCGUGUUCGCCAAGGCGACGGCCAAGGACACACCCCAGGCGGUGGUCGAGGCCACGGGCGAGGGCGUCCGCUCCGAAACGGAACAGGCUGCGGAAUCGCUGCCACAGUCAGCCCCGUCCGAGCUCCGGCCGCCCCAGGAGGGCGAGGAGUACGGCAAGGGAGUCGUCUUCUACACUCGCAACGACACCAUCGUCGGCCUCGUGCUCUGGAACGUCUUCAACAAGAUGCCCAUCGCCAGGAAGAUCAUCAAGGAGGGUCGCAAGUCUGAAGAGAUCAGCGAGCUGUCGAAGCUGUUCAGUCUACACGACAGCGAGUGACCGCUCACCGUGGCAGAUAAGUGCCCACCUAGCCGAGUUUGAGCUGCCCUGUGUUAGUGGGGUGGCCUGAAGAGGGAGGUCAGCGAGUCAGUGACUGUUUGCUGACCUAUGGGAAGGCGAGGCAGUCCGAUAGUGCCAUUGGGUCGGCGAUGGAAGGGACUGCCGUCCAUGUGCCCGGCAGUGGUGCUGCCAGAAAAUGAUACAAAACAGCUAAACCGUGGAAUAAUUGAAAAGCGAAGAAAACGUUGACAUGCUCCCAAAGGACCGGAUGAAGUUAAUUUUUUUUUAAAAACUAUUUUAUUGGUCCCUUUUCUUUUGGCUCAGUUACUGUUAUCCAGUCAUAUCUUUUUAAUCCCUCCUUUGGCUAUUGAAGGUAAAACUUCAUUUUGAGUGGUGGGCCAUACCACCGCACAGCCAUGGCAAUAUACACACCCACUAUGUUACACCAUGGCACUUCGGAAGCGCCUUUAUGGCUAUAGGAUGCAAUAGAGAGCUGACUAGUGUAAUUUUCGGCCGAGCCGGUGUCGCCAGUGGUGCGAGCCGGGCCAGAUGCAGAGCAAGCUUGUUACGUGUUGAUCAGGGUUAGGCCGCUGCCUCUUUCUAGGCCGGGCCUCCACUGAGAUCGAGGGAUUCUGUGCUUUAUGCUGAUGUGUGAGCGUGGACGGUGAGCGGUACAAAACCGGUGAUUUUAUAAUGUUUUGUCGCCGCUGCUGGGCGUCUGUGCUGUAGUGAUCCUCAAGAGAUAGACCUCGAAUCGGUGUCAAAGGGCGCAGGGCCGUGCGGGUGUUGCCUAAACGCUCGUACGGUUUCUGUCGCCCACCUGAUUGCAGUGUAUCUCUAUUACACGUGAUAUGUGUUACAUAUGGAGUGUAGGAAAAAUAAUACAAUUUGUACACGUUAUAAU